UUUUUCCAACCCGAUCUAAAUAAAGUAUUGGGUCAAAAGAGAUGUUCUCUCGUCUAAAAUUUUGGAGGCCUAGAAAACCACAAUUAAAUGCUCGUCAAGUAUAUGUCAACGAACCUUUACCUCAAGCAAAACUUGAUAAAAAUGGAAAUCCAAAACAAAAAUAUGUCACAAAUAAAGUUGUAACUUCAAAAUAUAGUAUUUUUACUUUUAUCCCAAAAAAUUUGUACGAACAAUUUCGGCGUAUUGCCAAUUUUUUCUUCUUGUUAUUAGUCGUAUUACAAUGGUUCCCAGAAUUUGCUACAAUUGAACCCGUAGUUGCAGCAUUGCCCAUGUUUAUAAUUUUGGGUAUAACUUCAAUUAAAGAUGGAUUUGAAGAUUUUAAACGUCAUGUAACUGAUAGGUCCGUUAACAAUAGGAAAACACGGACAUUGGGGAAUUGGAAGAACGUAAAUUAUACUGGUGCAGCGUCUAAUUCCUUCAUUAAUUUUAUAAUAUCCUUAUUUAACAAAAAAACCCCAGUUGGUGAACCGGCAGGAAGAGAAAGUCCGGAAUGGAAGGAAACAUUAUUCAAAGAUGUACGUGUAGGAGAUUUCAUUAAAUUACAUAAUGAUGAUUUUAUUCCAGCUGACAUUAUCAUUCUUUCUACAUCCGAACCUAAUUCACUUUGUUAUGUUGAAACAAAAAAUCUUGAUGGUGAAACAAAUUUAAAAAUAAGAUCAAGUGUCCCAGAAAUUGAUCAUUUAACGACACCAGAUGAUUGUACACAUGUUCGGUUCUAUGUUGACUCGGAACCUCCUACAACAAACUUAUUUUCAUAUAACGCUACAUUGGUUUUUCCUUCUGGACUACCAGAUAGACCGCGCUCUCGCGGCGGUCCUAUCAAAAUUCCAAUAAAUUUGAAUUCUAUGUUAUUAAGAGGCUGCGUGUUAAAAAAUACUGAAUGGGUCAUUGGUUUGGUAGUUUUUACUGGCAGUGAUACCAAGCUUUCAUUAAACUCUGGUGAUACACCUUCAAAAAGAAGUCGUAUUGAAAAAAUGAUGAAUCCGCAAGUCCUUGCGAACUUGGCCAUAAUGGGAUCUAUGUGUGCUUUGUGUGCCAUUGGUAGCAAAAUUUGGGAGACAAAUAAUUUAGGAAGAAAUGCAACUUAUAUUGAACAAGGGAGUAGAGGGAUUGAACUAAACGCCUUUUUAGCCUUCUGUAAUGCCUUAAUUGCUUUUCAAAACAUCGUUCCCAUUUCAUUGUAUUUGUCAAUUGAAUUUGUUAAGUCGGUUCAAGCAUUCUUUAUUUUCAUGGAUGAUGAAAUGCGUUAUCCUGAAACUGAUACGCCUUGCGUUCCUAAAAAUUGGAAUCUAUCAGAUGAUUUAGGUCAAAUUGAAUACAUUUUUUCCGAUAAAACCGGCACUUUAACACGAAAUGUAAUGGCAUUUCGUAAAUGUUCUAUAGGUGGGAAAGUUUAUCAAGGUGAAGUUUCAGAGAGUGACUCCGAAGGUGUUAUAACCACUCCGACCAAUGAUAAUAGUAAAUCGACACCAUCUCUAGUAUCAAAUGCAAAAACUUCUCAAUCAGAUAUUCCUAAAUCAGGAUCUUCUAAAAAAAUUAAUGAAAAAAAGAAAGAAAAGAAAGAAAAGAAAGAAAAGAAGCCAUUUACCGACCAUGAGCUUAAACAAGAUAUGACUAAUUCUGAUUAUUCGAAAACUAUUAAUGAUUUUUUCACCCUUCUUGCAAUUUGUCAUACCGUAUUGGUCAAUACAAAUUCUGAUGGAGAACAACAAUAUAAAGCCCAAUCGCCUGAUGAAGCUGCACUUGUACAAGCUGCUAAAGACGUGGGUUAUACUUUUCGUUCUCGCGAAACUGAUAACAUUACUAUUACUACACCGGACGGUAAGGAAGUCCACUUUGAGUUAUUAAAUAUUCUUGAAUUUACAAGUUCAAGGAAAAGGAUGAGUAUUAUUGUACGAUCACCAACGGAUGGCCGUAUAACCUUAUAUUGUAAAGGAGCUGAUAAUGUCAUUUUUGAAAGACUAAAGAGUGGCCAAGAUUAUAGGGCAAAUAUAACUGGCGAGCACUUAGAAGAUUUUGCAAAAGAAGGUCUUCGGACGCUUUGCUUAGGUUACGCAGAUAUUGAUCCUGGUUUUUACCAAAAAUGGAAUAUCGAGUUUCGGGAAGCAUCAUCUUCAAUUGUAGACCGUGACAAAAGAGUUGAAAUUGUUAGCAAUCAAAUUGAAAAAGAUUUAAUACUACUUGGUGCUACCGCAAUCGAAGAUCGCUUGCAAGAUGGUGUGCCAGAGUGUAUUGCAACUCUUAAACGCGCAGGUAUUAAAAUAUGGGUUUUGACUGGUGAUAAGAUGGAAACUGCAAUAAGUAUCGGAUUUUCGACAUGCUUAUUAAGUAGAGACAUGAACCUUAUUAUUGUUCGUGGAGGUGCUUAUGGAGAAUCGGGUAGCGCUUACGAACAAAUGCGUAAUGCCGUAGAAAAAUUCUUUCCCACUGAUCAGGAUAUUCAAAAUAAUAUACGCUCUCAAGUUCCUCCUGUUAUGUCGGUCAACAGUGUUCCUCGACCAUCAACUUCACAUGCACGUGAAAUGAGUUUGGGAAGAAGUCUUUCCAUUAUUUCAGGUGUAUCCAAUUCACCAAGACCUGGAGGACAUGCUUUAAUUAUCGAUGGAGUAGCAUUAAAGUAUGCCCUGGAAGAACCUUGGAGUAGGAACUUGUUAUUAGAUUUGGCCUGUCGAUGCAAAGGAGUCAUUUGUUGUCGUGUGUCACCAUUACAAAAAGCUAAAGUUGUAGAAUUAGUUAAGGAGGGAAAGAAUGUAAUGACUUGUGCUAUUGGAGAUGGAGCUAAUGAUGUUAGUAUGAUUCAAGCCGCACAUAUUGGUAUAGGAGUUGCGGGAGAAGAAGGAUUACAGGCUGUUAUGGCAUCAGAUUAUGCUAUUGCACAGUUUCGAUAUCUUACUCGUCUUUUGUUAGUUCAUGGACAUUAUGCAUAUAUUCGAAAUUCCUCCAUGAUUCUCAAUUUCUUUUAUAAAAAUAUGAUAGGGGUUGGGAGUUUAUUUUGGUAUCAAUUCUUUUGCGGGUACUCUACAACUAUUGUCUUUGAAUAUACUUAUACAUUAUUUUGGAAUUUAUUUUUCACAUGUGUAGCUGUACUUUCAAUUGGUGUAUUCGAUCGGGAUGUGCCCGAUAAUGUUGCUACUGAAGUACCUGAAUUAUACAAGAGAGGUAUUAACCAAGAAGCUUAUACGAUGCUAACAUUUUUAUAUUAUAUGCUUGAAGGUAUUUAUCAAUCCGUGAUAUGCUUCUUUGUUUCAUAUUUUGCUUAUCAAAAAGGAAGUGUCAAUGAUAAAGGACGUACACCUGAUUAUCUUGAAAUGGGAACGACAAUGGCAGUUGCAUGUAUCACGAUGGCAAACUUGUUCACCGGAUUCAAUGCACAAUGUUGGACAAUAUUUCAUUAUAUUUCAGUUUUUGGAUCGAUAGCUUUAAUUUUACUUUACAUAGCUGUCUAUAGUUUAAUCCCGUUUGCAGCGAUCUAUGGAUUUAACUAUUCUGUGUUUGGUGGAGGGGUAUUUUGGUUCUGUAUAUUAUUAACUGUAAUUAUUUCCAUGCUUCCAAGAUAUUCUUGGAAAUAUUACCAAAGAAACUACAGACCUAUAGAUGUCAAUAUUAUUCAAGAAAUUAUCAAGACCGAUCCAAAACAUAAUUUCUCGAGAGAUCCACUUAUAUAUAGAAGCGUAAGCUUAGCCAGGCAAUCAACGAAAGAAUCAUUGUAUUCAAGAAAUGAAUCAAUAUCGCCCAUAUUUGCUGAAGGAGGAGUAGUGACAUAUUCUACACGUCCAAGUUUUGCUACGGAUCGUACAAAUUUAGAUACUCGAUCACCUACACCACCUGUUCCUCCUAUACCACCAGAAUAUGUUAAUAAUAAUUUAGAAGUAUCAGAGGUUCCUACAAGCAUGACAUUUAUGCGAACAGGAUUAACGGAACCAAUGCGAGGAUAUGCAUUCUCACAAGAAGAAGGUACAGGGCGUAUAAUGGCACCACCUUUAAAACGUCGUAAAACAAAUCCUGGCCCUAUUGGGCGUACGUCCAAGAUUGAAUUUAAUGAUCUCAGUUUACGUCGUAGAAGUUUGCCAGAAGUAAGGGCCUCUAGGGAUUUAAUCGAUGUCCUUGGAGAAGAGGAAAGAAUUAGAAUGGUACAUUUUAGGGAUUCAACGGCGACAACAAAUAUAACUUCGAGAGUGAAUAGUGAAUACGUUAGCGAGGAACUUGGUAUUCAAUCAAGUAGUCAUAUGAGUGAAAAUGAAAGUGAAAAUGAACAAGUUAAUGAGAACAAUAAUGAUUCAGGUGAGACACAAAAUCAACCAAUAAUAGAACAAGAACAAUCAAAAACUUUAGAUAAUAACGAUAAAGCUGAGACAACUUAAAAUCAGUAUUAAUAUAAAUUAUGAAUAGUAUUUUAUUUUAUAGAACAAUUUUAAUUUUAUUAGUCUUUUUUUUUUUAUUGUAAAUAGGGCUUUAAAAAGUUGUAUUAAUUAUAAUAAUUUCG